AUGGAGUGCACUGUUUGCUUAAAUGAAUGGAACUCUGACAAAUGCAUACCAAGGAUGCUUAAUUGUGGCCAUUCGUUCUGUGAAGGUUGUUUGAAACUUAUGUAUAAACCUGCGAACAAAUAGCUUCAAUGUCCAUCAUGCUUAACAAAUCAUAAUUUUGAAAAAAUAGAAGACCUGUAGAAAAUGAUAAAAAAUUUCACUCUCCUGUCCAUAGUUGAAGCUGCUAAAUUUGGGAAUACCCCAACUCCUAAUAAUUCAAAUUAUGGUACAGGUGGAAUGUCAAAAGCUAAUUCUAAGAACUUCAGCAAGUCUAAAACUGCGCUUGUUGGUGGUUAGGGCCUAGGUCCUAAAAAGCAAGGAGGGGCUUUCGAGAGAGAUAUGGAUGAUUUGGAGGAAUGCAAAAGUGAAGAUGAAGAGUAUAUUGAUUAAAUAGAGGAGGAUGAGAAUGGCAAUUAAAUCAUAAGGAAAAGAAGGAAAAGGUCACGCGAUAUUGAGGGUGGUAAAUUCCAAGCGAGUAAGUAUGUUCUCCCUCCGACCAUCCAAUAUAACCAGAAAUGUCAGAAUCAUGACAUGAUCAUACACUCUUACAUAAAGGAAACUAAAGAAAUACUUUGCACUAAAUGUAUAUAUGAGAAAAACUUAAACAUAAACUAAAUUGAGAUAUUCCCUCAAGUUAUUAAGGAUAUCAAAUAAAGCAUUGAAUCAACAAGAAUAAUGAUUCUUUACAGACGUUCAUAACUUUAUCAAACUUUGAAAUACUUGGAGCGAAUGUAGCGAGGAAAUCGAGAAGUUAUUGAGAACAAAUUGAAGGACCAUUUUAGUAAGAUUAGAAGAGUUAUUGAUUCCUUUGAGGCAAAAAUGCACUCUCAGCUGGAGGACUUAGUUGAGUAGUAGAAUGUCAAACUUACUAAUGUGCACUAACAAGUAGAAGAGCAUCUUGAUAAACUGUAGAAUGCAGAUCUCAACAUGAGUUCUCUAGAAAGUCAUGAUGAUAAUGAAAUUGUGUACAUGACUAAAAUUAUUGAAGAUUAGAGAGCACCUCUAAUUAAUUUCAAAAUUGAGGACAUACAGUUUGAGGAUGUAUCUAUUGCUCUUCAACUUAGAGAAAGUGCUUAUGAGAAGAUUGAAAAUUUAUUAGGAGGAACUUGCAAUGUACUUCUAGACAAUCUAAGAUUUGAUGAUGACAGUCCAAUAAAGUUUGAGCAUAUUCUUGAAAAAGAAAAAUUCUGGAUAUGUGUUAAUUGCAAUAAUUAAGUUGGAAACGAUGAGAUAUUCUGUGAGAAGUGUUAAAUUUUCAGGCCACUUGAGAUGUUUAAAAACCUACUUCACAAUCCGAUGAAUGUAACUGAUGAUGAAAUAGCAUCACUAAACGAAAGACGUAAAAAAGAAAAGCAACUUAUUUUAGAUAGAGAUCUAGACUGUGGCUCUGAUAAGCUAUGGUUUAUGGUAUCAAGUGAGUGGCUUAAUCAAUGGAAAUCUUUCGUUUCAAAUAAAAUCUCAGCAACUCUCAAGGCAGAGAAUAAAGCUGCAAAUGUAAGAAAAUCUGAAAACCCAAAAAUUGGCGUUUUGCCACCAGGUCCUAUUUCUAACGAUGAUUUAUUCAUUAAAGUUAUUGAAGGAAAAGAUGUCUAAUCUGUAAUUAGAGAAAAUCUUGAGCUAAAUAAAGACUACCGGGGAGUGAACAGAGAGGUAUGGUAGAUCUUUCACAGAAUGUAUGGCGGUGGUCCAAUAAUAGUUAGAGAUGAUUUAGAUAUUUAUUCUAGAGAUCUUUCAAAAGAUCCGCUUCAAAAGGGCUAGGGAAGAGGCAAAGAUUCUCUGACUAGAAAGAGAGGACCUAGUGGAAAUAAAAACUUGAAUAGUGGCUAAGGUAGUAGUACAAAUAACAAUAUUUUUGCCAAAGUUACGAGUCCAAAGAAUCUUAACUUUGUAUCAUCAAAUAAUAAUGCAAAUGCUAGCUAUAGAAAAAAAAGAAAUCUUUUCUUAAGUGAAAAUAUUGGAAUUGAGGAUGAAGAUGGAAUCCCAGAAGAACAUCUGGAUAUGUAAAAUCAAGCUAAUCUCAAACUUGGAAACUUUAAUCUUAAAUUCAAUGCUAAUGUUUAGCCAAACAGAUAAAACAUAUUAGACUAAAAUAAUAGACAAAAUCAUCCCAAAAGUGUGAUGGGUUUGGGCAGUGUAUCUUUUUCAUAAGUGAAUUAACUCGACCUAGAUGAUCCAGAUCUCCUAAUGAGUUAUAAUAUGAGCGCUAAAUAAGCAUAGAGGAAAUAAUAAAAUUAUAACUAUUAGAAAGCACCUAGUCAUGAAUAAGAUAUUUUUGAUUAAUCAAAAUCUCCUGACUCAGCAAAUAAGGGUUAUAGAGCGAACAACAAUAAUAGUGAUAAUAUAGGCAAUAUAAAGAGCAAUAACAACAACAUUAAUCAAUAUGAAAAUGAAUCUAACUUCAUGGCUAAGUUGAUGAGGAACAGAAAAUAAUGA